AAAAUCCAAGCCAAGAGAACAUAUGAGAUGACAUUGCAUUUGCAGCACCCAAACAUCAACAUGGCUGCCAAACUCACUCUAUCUUCUCCCCUUUCCUUCAAAACUUCAUUUCUUCCAAAAUCACCAUCAUUUUCUCCAGGUUUAUGCUCCCCCAGAACUAAUGUUACUGGUGUCAAAGUCCAUGCUAAAUUAGGUGGUGGAGAUGAACAAGCCAAGAACGGAGGCAAGAAGAAAUUCAUAACAAGAGAGGAAGAACCACAACAGUAUUGGCAGACAGCAGGAGAAAGAGAAGGAGAGAAUCCCAUGAAGACUCCUCUUCCUUACAUAAUCAUAUUUGGUAUGUCAACUCCUUUUGUAAUCUUGGCCAUUGCUUUUGCAAAUGGUUGGAUUAAGGUGCCUGUUCGAUGAGACAACACUUUACUUCUCAUUCUCAAACUUCACCAGAGAAAUUCUUUACUUUUUCACAUAUGUUAUGGCUCGUUUUAAUGAACAAAGUUCACUUAUGAAUGUCGGAUUGAGGAAAGCAUAAAUGAGGUUUCUUGUUUCAAGAAUAGCACGUUGGUGAUCCGAACACCGGACCUGCCUGCUAAUAUGAGAUGGUUGGUAAUCCGACUGUUCCAUGGAAAAUUAACAAUGGAAUUUUUUACACCUUAAGUUUUUCUUUCUUUCUGCUCCUUGCUUAUAAAACAGGAAAAAGAAAAUGGGAAGAGGUUUAGAUCGUUGGUAUACUAUAGAACUACUGUUGUUUUUUAUUUAGCAGAAACUAUGGUUGGCAUCUCUAUCUUAUUAGCAAUAUUCAGACGUAAUGAUGUAUAAUGAACAGUUAUGCCUAAUAAUUAAAUAUGAUUGUCAACACUGAUCA